AAAUAAAGAUCUGCGUCUAUCGCAAUAUGGCCGUCCUGUAAUGAUUCUGUGGUCAGUGAUAUUAUUGUGAUUUCAUCUCUUGCACAUCAUCAAAAUGGAACUUCGUGUCGGUAAUAAAUACCGACUGGGCCGUAAGAUCGGUUCAGGAUCUUUCGGAGAUAUUUACUUGGGAACCAACAUUGUGACCAAAGAAGAGGUAGCUAUCAAAUUAGAAUGCAUAAAGACAAGGCACCCGCAGUUACACAUAGAAAGCAAAUUUUAUAAACUUAUGCAAGGAGGGGUUGGUAUUCCGGCAAUCAAAUGGUGUGGCUCGGAAGGUGACUACAAUGUAAUGGUGAUGGAACUGCUGGGCCCCUCAUUGGAAGAUCUUUUCAACUUUUGCUCGCGCCGCUUUUCUCUCAAGACUGUGCUCCUCCUUGCUGACCAGCUGAUCACACGCAUUGAAGACAUUCAUUACAGGAACUUUAUCCAUAGAGAUAUCAAACCAGAUAACUUCCUAAUGGGUUUAGGUAAAAAAGGGAAUUUAGUGUACAUAAUAGAUUUUGGCUUAGCGAAGAAGUACAAAGAUCCACGCACCCUUCAACAUAUUCCAUACAGAGAAAACAAAAAUUUAACAGGUACAGCACGUUAUGCAUCAAUCAACACUCAUUUAGGCAUUGAACAGUCUCGUCGUGACGACCUUGAGUCCUUGGGCUACGUGCUCAUGUACUUCAACCGGGGUAGUCUGCCCUGGCAGGGGCUUAAAGCUGCAACUAAACGCCAGAAAUACGAAAGGAUAUCUGAGAAAAAGCUUUCAACGCCUUUUGAUGAACUUUGUAAAAACCACCCAAUCGAGUUCCAGCUGUACCUAAAGUAUUGCCGCCGGUUGCGCUUCGAGGAGCGGCCCGACUACAGCCACUUACGCCAACUGUUCCGCACUCUCUUCCACCGACAAGGAUUCACGUACGACUACGUCUUUGACUGGAAUAUGCUCAAGUUUGGGGGACAACGCGGAAAUUACCAAGCAGGUGCCAACGACCGUACUCUGCGGCGCCAUGAUCAAAAUCAGGAGCAGGAAACCAGCGUUGCAGCGGCCGGCGCGGCCGGACAGCCAAGCACGACAGUGGCGGCCAUCUCGGAGUGGCGGUGAGGGAGCUCGGCGCCCCCCGCCCCCCCGCAGCGCUAACACCACUGAACCACGUUCGCAUUGUGGCCCGCUGUGUGGCACGCUCUGCUCGGCCCGGCCGGUCCAACCGGCCUCGCACAACGCGGUUCCAAAUGGACGACUUGUGUUCGCGAGCACAGCGCGCGCGACCUCCACAAAGCGAGGCGUCUGAACGCAGAUUCCGUGUUUAUGUAAGAAAAAUUUUGUAUGCAUUCAUGUUAACGUUCAUAUAUUGUAAAUUAUUUAAUUUUAGACUAAGUGAGAUGACGAAUGGGCCGUGGACUAAUUAAAAAGGAGUAACGUUCUCGUCGUUUCGAUGUGACUCAUAUAAGCAUAGCUAAAAUUAGGCCUACCCGUGCAACCAUUGUACUUCAUGCUCAGUUAUAUUUAGAUGUAAGAAUCUUCGUUUAGAAUAAAUUCGUUUGAACACCGACUCGGUUGGAUUGACAGUUCCAAGCGAUUAAUUACGUCAAAGAAAUUAGCUUCAAAUGUAAAUACUCCCAAAUUGAUUUGCGUAAGCAAUGACAUUUGUUUAAAAUCAGUCGGAUUACUUGUUUCAACUGUUUCUGAGAAAAUCGCAACGAUUAAAGAUGUGUUCAAAUACAUUUCUUUUUUUUUUUUGUAAUAAAUCUGUAUAAAUUAGUUUAAAAAAUGUGCAAUAUUUUUCGUGCUUAUCCUUUAUUAGUCUUUAGUUGUGAUUAUACCAACUUACGGGCUAAAGGUUUUCGCUUAUAUACUGUUCGGUAACGGUCCAAGACGAAACAUCUAGAAAUGGGCUUUGAGUCGACACUUGAAAUACACCGAUACGUGUGUGUAUAAGGCAUCGCGCUGUUUUGUUUUUUUUUCCUAUAGUCUUCAGUCGAGGCGCUGUGGGUCGUGUCAGAUCGGUAUAUAUGAGCGAAGACUUUUAAAGUUACGUCUUCCAUGUUUAUUUAUGCCAAAUCAGUCUAACUGAAGGAUCGCUCCACUCAAACUGAUUUGUAUAGCUGAUGAGCAAGGAUACGUCCUUUUUUAUAUUGAAACAUUUUUUGCUUACUUCUUUCCAUUGACAUGAAAAUAAGAUGCAAAGAUUGCGCACGAUUGUUUUCAUUUCCAGCCACUGCCAUAGUUUAACUAGGUAAGUUCGCUUUUGUCUUCGCAUUGUAAUAGAGAAACUGUCUUUUAUGGCAUUUGGUUUCAAUAAUUGUUAAUUCUUAUAAAGAAUAAAUAGAUAAACAUUCCUUUGAGUACUUUCUAUGUUUCAAUUGACUUCUGACCAUUUAAAAGUUUUGAUCUCAUGUAAAUUACCAAAAUCUGCAUAUGUCCUUCCUUUGUUUACCAGUACGCUGGAUUGGUUACCAUUUGUCUAUCAUGCAAUAGUGAUAUUAAAUUAUUUAUAUCAGCUUUGUGAUCCAUCUCGGCGCGUCUUAAACGUUAAAAAUGUCUGUAAAUACUGUUGUGAGUCCUAUACCUAUGUUUUAUAAUAUCGUACAGAUAUCUCGGGUGUGUGAUUUUUUUCGCUUCACAAAAUGUUCGUUGACUGGAAUGGACCAUCCAUCUCUAAUAUGACUGAGAAUUAGGUUCAAUUUUGUGUGUAAAUAUAAAUAUAAGUUUGUGUUAAGAAUGUGCAUCGUAAACAAAACGGGGUUAAUAUGUAAUCCUGUUGUCGAUAAGUGUAAGGUUUUAGUUUUGUUUUCGAUAUUGUAUUCAUUAAUUAAUGAUUUUGUUUGGAAUCCAGCACCUCAGUUAUUAUCUAUAAAUUGCGACUUUAUAAAGGGAAAAUCUUUAUAAACACUUUUCAGUAAUACGUUUCGACUGUUGCUUGUUCAUAAGCGUGCUUAUAAGCUUCUUUAGCUUAUGUAUUCGAAGAAAUUUAAGUUCUUAGACCACAGGGUAUUAAAUAGCAUUUGUACAUGUAUAUGCAUUGUGUUGCUUGACUUCUGUCAAUGUGAUGAUCAACGUCGCCAUUGUUCAGGUAACUGUCGCCGAGUGCCAAGUGGUAUGUUACGCACGGCGUAGUCUAAUGUAGUUAUUGCAAUGUUUAUUUGAUCUGCUGGGUUUAAUAUCUUCCCAAACAAGUUUUAAUGAUAUUGUGUUACUAAUUCUUAUGGAGUUAUGUUAAUUAAAUGUAUGUUAGAAAGUUAUUGUGUCCAAAUACUUGGGAAUGGCAGUGUGGUCGGGUCGCGGUAUGGAGCACGUCGCUUGUGGCCUUGUACCAACGCCGACUCGUGUACCGCUUCGAGGCGCGAACUUCGUAGCUUGCUCCUAACUUUUAAGUGUAUGCUCUAUCCGACGAAAGACUUUAUGGACUUAAUUUUGUAUAUAAUAGUUGUAAGAAGUAUUACAUAAGCCGACACUGUUUUUUACAAUAUCCUAGGUAAUGGAAAUAAAUACAUACAUAACUGUUGUAGUUUAAUGUCAUUAAUUAUUUUGCUGUUAUUCUACACUCGCAUCGAAUUGUGUCGCUGGGUACCACUAAGG